CGGCAGGGGGCGGGGCGGAGCACGGCGGGCCUGGCCGGGCAGCGAUGGCGGCUGACGGGGACUGGCAGGAUUUCUAUGAGUUCCAGGAGCCGGCCCGGGGCCGCCUGGACCAGCAGAACCGUAACGCCGGGGCCAGGGCGCUUGACGACGAGGGAGGCGUCGGCUUCUCGGCGCUGGCGUGCGGCCUGGAGGAGAAGCUGAGCUUAUGUUUCCGCCCCUCCAGUCCGGAUGCCGAGGCUCCGAGGGCGGCGGUGAGGCCAAUCACGGAGCGAAGCCUCCUGCAGGAGGAUGAGAUUUGGAAUGCAUUAACAGAUAAUUAUGGUAAUGUGAUGCCAGUAGAUUGGAAGUCUUCUCAUACCAGAACUUUGCAUUUGCUCACCUUGAACCUCUCUGAAAAGGGGAUAAAUGACAAUUUGAUUCUUGAUACCUCAGAUGAUGAAGAGUUGAGGGAACAACUGGAUAUGCAUUCGAUUAUAGUCUCCUGCAUCAGUGAUGAACCACUUUUCACAGCAGAUCAGGUUAUUGAAGAAAUAGAAGAAAUGAUGCAAGAAUCACCUGAUCCAGAAGAUGAUGAAACCCCAACACAGUCAGACCGUCUCUCCAUGCUUUCCCAGGAAAUUCAAACCCUUAAGAGAUCUAGUACAAGCAGUUAUGAGGAGAGGGUAAAAAGACUCUCAGUGAGUGAAUUAAAUGAACUACUAGAAGAAAUUGAGACUGCCAUCAAGGAUUACUCUGAAGAGUUGGUUCAGCAGUUGGCUCUUCGAGAUGAGCUAGAGUUUGAAAAGGAAGUGAAAAACAGCUUCAUUUCUGUCCUUAUUGAAGUUCAAAACAAACAGAAGGAACAUAAAGAAACAACAAAAAAGAAAAAGAAGCUGAAAAAUAGCAGCCCACAGAAUGGCAAGAAUGAGAAAAGUCAUAUGCCUGGAACACGCUUCAGCAUGGAAGGGAUCUCAAAUGUCAUUCAGAAUGGCUUCCGCCACACCUUUGGGAAUUCGGGUGGAGAGAAACAGUACUUGACAACUGUCAUUCCUUAUGAGAAAAAGAAUGGACCACCUUCUGUUGAAGAUCUUCAAAUAUUAACAAAAAUCCUUCAUGCAAUGAAGGAAGACAGUGACAAAGUUCCAAGUUUGUUAACAGACUACAUUCUGAAAGUUCUGUGCCCUACGUAGAGGAGCAGCAGUUCACCUUCAUUGGAUAACAAGCUAAAUCACUGUUAGCAUUACCCAUAUUUACCUCCU